AACCCUACAAAAGCCUCGCAUUUGUUUAUACUCAACUUAUUAAUGGCUUCUUCUCUUAAAUCGGCGACUGGUUUUCUUCACCUGAAGAACCCUCAAACCCCAUUGCUUUUCCGGUCCCCGGCUCAAAAAUCCUCCCUUUCGUUCAAGAAAUUGACUCCAAUGGCUUCUCUGACCACCGCCAACACCACCGUUGGCCUGGCCAAAACAUUCAUCAAACUCAAGGAGCAAGGCAAGGUUGCAUUAAUCCCUUACAUUACUGCUGGUGAUCCUGAUCUAUCAGUCACUGCAGAGGCAUUGAAGGUGCUGGAUUCAUGUGGAUCGGACAUAAUUGAACUAGGCGUGCCGUACUCGGAUCCGUUAGCAGAUGGGCCUGUUAUUCAGGCCGCGGCCACUCGUGCCUUGGCAAGAGGGACUAAUUUGAAUGCAAUCUUGGCAAUGUUGAAGGAGGUGAUUCCUAAACUGUCUUGCCCGAUUGCUCUUUUUACAUACUACAAUCCUAUUAUGAAGCGUGGUGUUGGAGAGUUUAUGUCCACCAUUCAAGACGUAGGUGUACAUGGACUUGUGGUUCCAGAUGUCCCGUUGGAAGAGACGGUCAUUUUGAGAAAGGAAGCCUUGAAAAAUAAUAUUGAAUUGGUUUUACUAACUACUCCCACCACUCCAAUGGAGCGAAUGAAGGCUAUUGCAGAAGCCUCCGAAGGCUUUUUGUACCUGGUGAGCUCAAUUGGAGUUACGGGGGCACGGGCAUCUGUGAAUGAACGAGUUCCUGCUCUUUUAAGGGAAAUUAAAGAGGCUACAUCAAAGCCGGUAGCAGUUGGUUUUGGCAUUUCUAAGCCUGAACAAGCGAAACAGGUAGCGGGGUGGGGAGCUGAUGGUGUAAUUGUUGGUAGUGCAAUCGUAAAGAUCUUGGGUGAUGCCAACACUCCCGAGGAAGGACUGAAGGAACUAGAAAUCUUCACCAAGUCGUUGAAAUCUGCACUCCUUUAAUCACAUUUCUUGUAUUUUUUUUCCUUUCUGUUCGAAACCACAGCUGAAUCCUAUGUAAUCCAGAAGUUCUCCUACUCGGAGCAAGUGCGCUCAAUGUAGGCGAAAACCCUGCAGUUGUAAUUUUUACACAGACCUUUGUUGCAAUGUUGAAUGAAGAUCCCAUUUUCACAUCUA